CUUACGUGAUGCGACCUCCUGUCAGUGGCCUGCGCGUUAUCGCCCCUUCCCAAGCUUCCCUUGCGUGGACGCCCGGUGUGUGGACACCACUGCAAACAACCGCUCGUCAUCUACAAACACAAGCGCUGCACUUCGGUAGCCUGGGAACCUAAACGUCGUGGAAUACAGUGGACGCCGCUUCGGUCGCGAAGUACUUGUUAGGCGCUGAGUUUCAUAUCAAAAGGCAAUGGCCCCAAGGGCCAGGAAGACCCGGGAUGAGGGCCCGAGAGCUCGGCUGACGAGUUACGAGCAGUCUCGACUGCCGAUUCCUGUAGACGAUGGCGACGCGGAAGUGAGCGUACCGCUGAAAGCGCUCAAUGAGGAGCUUACGUGCCCUGUGUGCCGGAACCUCCUGCGCAAGACCUAUGUCAUCGUCGAGUGUAUGCAUAGGUUCUGCCAUGACUGCAUAAAAGAGGCUCUACAGAAGGGCAACAAACAAUGCCCAGCAUGUCGGUGCGAUUGCAAUUCCAUGCGGAAUCUACGGCAGGAUUGGCGAUUCGAUGCGUUGAUUCUGACAUUAUACCCGGAUCUCCCGGCUGAGGGAGAAGAAGACAUAAAUCCCGCCAUGGACAUCGACGCAAUCAUCGCCCAAUCAACCCUCGAACUGCAGAAACGGUACAAUGAAGGGAUAAAGCGGCAGGGCCAAUUCCGCAGAAACCGGAUCAGCCUCGACAAAGUUCGGAAGCCUUCGAGGAUGUCGGAGGAUGACGAGAGCAGCUAUGAUGAAAGCGAGUCAGAGGAGGUGGACAGCCUCUCGGAAUCGGACGAGGACCACGACAAUGGCCUUCGUGCGAUGGACAUUGAUCUGGUAGCGCCCGCUGCCGAGCCUGUACAGCCACGGGUAGCGAUGUUGCCGGAUGGGAUCGAGGUGCUGGACAUGCUCGAACAACCGCCAUGGUCCGUCGAGGUGACGUUCGUCGCGCAUCCAAACGCGUUCCGAUUGCCCAUCGGGGAAAUAAUACGGCUACGGAGUGUGGAAGCCUGCACAGUCGGCCACCUCCAAGAAGUCCUCCGGCUGCACUACCAAUCCAUAUCAGAUAAGUUUGCCGACAUAAGCAGCUCAGACUUCCGCAUGUGGCCAUGCGGCUCGGGCCGGCCUGAUAUACUCGACGUGCGGGAAACGCUCGGGCAGACGAUGCGCAGGCUCGACACUGACGGCGUACUGAUGUUAUUUCAUUCACUGCAAGACUGCGUUCGAUGACGGAAGGCGCCAGUGUACAUAGACCCCCGGAUGCUAUCUUCUUUUUUGGGUAUGGUUUUUUGGCCUUUCUGAUGAGGGGCUCCUUUGUAUGUCUUUCAGACGGAUCUUUUUGUAACUGUCUCGGUGGUGCUGAUCGAUCCUCGGCUGCACAGUGGAAAAUUCAGUCUGUCCCCUCCGUAAAUAUGUA